AUGAGGGUAAAUUCAGAAAUUCAUCCACAACCCUCCCAUUCCUCCGCAAUCCUCCAUUGCCGCAACCCAAUCCUUGCUUCUCCUCCCUUGGAGCAACUGUGGGAUUUGCUUGAACAGCGUGAAGACAGGGCAAGCAUAGCCAUAUACACAGCAGAGUGUGGUCACACCUUCCAUUUCCCUUGCAUAGCUGCUCAUGUGCGCAGCCAUGACAACCGCGUCUGCCCAAUCUGCAACUGCACCUGGAAAGACAUCCCUCUCUUCACCAUCCACAAAAACCUCAACCAAUCCCGAAACGAUGUUGUGGAGCCCUCCAAACCCAAGCCCAGGGAAGUGGAGAAGAAUAUAAUAGUGGAGGCCUCCUCACCUAGAGCCUCAUCAAAGCCAUUGUACGACGACGAAUAG